GGCUCACAGUGUCGAGGAUCAAUUAAAGCGAGUCUUUUUACGGUAGAGAAGCGGGGUAGCAAUGCUGAGACCCUGGCGAAUGAAUUGCUCUCUGCACCAACCUGUCCUUCUGUGUUGAGAUAGCUCGAGUCCGUGACACUUUGUAUGGCCGAUCAUCUUCUCAAUGCCCGCCCCGCUGCGUGUAAUGUAAUCCCAAGGUCGUUGUUCGCGCGCACAGCAUUUCCCGCAAGAGGUUGUGGGCAACAAGUACAUCAUUCAGCUGGUUCAGCUGGUAGGCCAGUAUUAAGGCGACCAGCUGCGACUCCAUUUGCACUUCAGUCCGUCCUUGAUAACAAUUGUCUUCGGUCAAAGAGAUCGCUACAAACCAGAGCGUGGACUGGGGCCUUCACCGCUCCCACCAGGAAUGAAAAUGAGCCUAGCACAACUUGUACUGAAUUUCGUCCACCGCCUACAUUCUUGCAGACGUCAGGCAGGAUCAUUGCAAUUGGAGACAUCCACGGGGAUGUGCAGAAGGCGAUAACGUCCCUCAAAUUGGGGGGCGUGCUGGUGGAGGACUCCUGCGGCCGCCCGGUGUGGUGCGGGGGCAACACCGUCGUGGUGCAGCUGGGAGAUGUCCUGGACAGAGGGGACAGCGAAAUCGGCGCUAUCAUUUUGCUGCGGGAGCUGGAUCGCCAGGCGAGGCUGCAGGGCGGCGCAGUCUACAUGCUGAACGGCAACCACGAGAGCCUCAACCUGCUCGGCGCCGCAAUGUGGCGCAGGUAUGUGACGCCGGGGGGUUUCCGGGAGUCAGGGCUGGUGGCGGGGCUGCGAGGAGAGGCGCUGGAGAGCGUGGAGAAGCGGCUGCGCGCACGGCUGCACCUCUACUCGCCCGGCGGCCGCCUUGCCUGUGAGCUGGCCAAGAACCCCACCGUCCUCAUCAUCAAUGACACCGUCUUUGCGCACGGUGGCGUCCUGCCCAACCACGUGAAGUACGGGCUGGAGCGGCUGAAUGCUGAGGUGGCGGCGUGGAUGCGGGGGGCGCACAUGGCGGACGGCACCAAAUCGCGGCCGCCCUACCUGGCCAUGGGGGGCCCCGACAGUGUCAUGUGGAACCGCCAGUUCGGCCACGAGCGCUUCCCCACCAUGCACCAGCGAUUCCGCGCAUGCAUGGACCUCGACGCCACCCUGCGCCUGCUUGGCGCCCGCCAGCUCAUCGUCGGGCACACCCCGCAGACAAAUGGCGCAAACUGCGAGUGCAACGGGCGGGUCUGGCGGAUGGACGUCGGCAUGUCAAAGGGAGUGCUGGACGCUGCUCCACAGGUAUUGGAGAUAGAGCCUGAGGAUGCCAGCGGCAAGUCCAUCAUCCGGCUGCUGUGCCCUCCCAGCGUCCCCAGAAUGCUGCUGCCAGCACCCAACAUGGCACAGCUACGCACGCACUACCCCCUCUGAAGUGCUGCCCCUCCUGCAGCAUUAUAUUCUUGGGGGCCUCUAUUGCUCAG